AUUUGUAAGCUAUUCAUUUAAGCUGUGCAAGCAACAUUGUUUUCCCCAUAUUCGCUGUGGGAACGUCCUUCAGACUCUCUGUCUUUUGGUUUUAAUGGGACGAACAGUUUUUAUUCGUGAUGUCAUCGCAUUGAAACGCACAUCCGCGCUGGAGCCACACCGCAGCACAGACGGGUCAGACCGCGGGGACACACUUCACUCGCCUAUUCUCUUCUCAAAGCAACCGAGCACUAUUUCUUUAGUUUGCAGAGCUUGUGUUAUACGUUUUGUACUGAAAUUCACUUUCUCAACUGAUCGCUUAGCAUGAAGAUGAAAACCAUCUUGUUUUUAAUUCUUCAAGCGCACAUUUGCUUCUUCUCUAACGUUAGUGCUGAAGAUGCAACAACUGAUCAACCAGUUUAUUUAACUGCUCAUCAUGAGGAUCCCAGAACAGGUCCCCCUGGACGCAGUUUUGCCAUUAAACAGGUCUACGUAACCAAUACCUAUGAGCCGAUUGACAUGGAUGAGGCGUUCCCUCACUUGAAUUCCUCAAACUCCAAUAAACCCAGAAAAGAAUUUGUGUUCCUUAGUUAUGCCAUCGACAAUCCAGAAGCGUCUCGUUCUAGCUCUAAAAACGCACAUCCAUGUAACGACACAGACCUGAAUUGCAACCAGACAACACUCGUGGAGAAAUUCAAAAUCUCAGACGAUGCUGUUGAGUUUCUGAAAGGCCCGCUGGUCACACGCUUCAUGCCGUCCUUCUACAUCAUCAUCAUCCUCAUCAGUUUGCCUCUGAACACUUUGGCUUUGGUGACGUUCACCUGCAGGAUCAGAGAAAAGAAACCAGCUGUGAUCUACAUGUCUCACCUGGCGUGUGUGGAUCUGCUCUUCGCCCUGCUGCUGCCUCUGAAGAUCCACUACCAGCUGAACGCUUCUGAUUGGCUGUUUGGUGAGGCGGCGUGUCGUGUGCUCACUGCAGCUUAUUACUGCUACAUGUACUGCUCCAUACUGCUGAUGAUGUGCAUGAGUGUGGACAGACUGCUGGCCGUGGUGUUUCCAGUCGCCUCUUUAACCUGGAGAAAUGUGAGGAAAGCUUCGUUUAUAUGUGCAUUAGUCUGGCUGCUGGCACUCGCUGGUACUGUGCCACUACUUUUAAUGAGACAAACAUUCCAGAUUGAGGAUGUGGGCGUCACUUGCCAUGAUGCGCUGAUUCAUAACAACCCUAAAGAUCAGCAAUAUUUGUAUGUGUUCUUCAUCCUUUCAUGCUUUUACUACUUCGUACCACUCAUUAUCACCAUAGUGAGCUACUCCACCAUCAUAUAUGUGCUCCGUGCAAAGUCCAACCGAUUAUCGAAAUCUCCAUCAUGGUUAGAAAAACGACGGAGAGCUGCGAUUAUGCUUAUCGCCAUGUUGUCUGAGUUUAUGGUGUGUUUUGCUCCAACCAACGGCAUCUUGUUGUAUCACUGCAUUCGAUUGGCUGUUGGAGGAAACAGUGGCGAAGGAGAUUCAUCUUAUAGUGCAUACAUGUUGGCUGUGUGUUUGGGGAGCGCAAGUGUUUUUCUGGAUCCUCUUCUAUACUAUUAUGGCUCGUCUCAAUGCAGACAGAAGAUCAGCGCUCUGUUUUGGUGGAAAAAGUCAAAAGCGAUCUUAUCAAAAGGAAGCAGGUCAGGAUCCUCUUUUGUGAGUAUUGAGUACACUAAGGCUUCGGUUAAGAUGUAAAUUAGUGAACACUUCCUUGUUUUGGUUGUGUAUGAUGCUACUUAUUGGCAAGAUUGUAUAUGAAUAUGUGCUUUGGCACCUAAAUUGUGAAGUUCUCUGAUAUUCGGAAUGCAGAAGUGUCUUUUAAUUAUCACUUAAAGGGGACCUAUUAUGCAAAAAUCACUUUUAUAAGGGGUCUAAACACAGUUGUGUGGUAGCAGGCUGUGAAUAUAACCCAACUUCUAAUGGUAUAAAAAAUAUCAAUUUUAUUUUUUAUAAUCACACUUAAAAACAGUCUGCAGAAACACUUUGUUUGACAUUCGCUCUUUGUACGUGUCAUCAGAGGGGGAAAGCUCCACCCAUUAGUGAUGAUCUCUCCCUCAUUAGCAUAGGACAUUACUCUUGUUUUUAAAUCUGCCACUAUGCUGAAACAUAGGCAUUUGUAGCUCCACCCUCUUUUGUAAAGAGCACAAUCUUAUUUGAAUUUAAAACGACAGUCACCUAAAUGGCACAAUUUGGCUCAAAGCCUAAAAGGGGAAGUUUCAAAGAGAUAUAAAGCUAUUAUUUGUGUGGUAUUUUGAGCUCAAUCUUCACAUACACACUUUAGGGACUUCAGAGACUUUUUUACAUCUUGUAAAAAAGGGCAUAAUAGGUCACCUUUAAAACUUAAUUUUUAGGAUAGGGUUUAUUUGAUUAAGAAAAGGGGAUUUCAAAUAAAUAUAUUUUAUUAUAUUGUAGUGGUGUAAUGGAUCACAAAUCUCAUGGUUCGAAUCACAUUAUGGUUUUAAGUCAUGGAUCGGACCAUUUUUUUGGAUUUUUGGUUUUAACAAACAGAACUUAGAAGCUAUAAUUUUAUUAAAAAUAAAAUGAAGAAAUAAAAAGCUGAAGAAAAAUUGUAAAAUAUUCAGUACUGUGAAAAUUGACUGUUACUACUACUGUUGUUAAUUACACAGAUGCGAUUCGAAGGAUUAAUAAACACAUGCAAAUCACCAUCAUUAAUAAUUUAUGUUGCAUGAGUGUUGAGAUCCCAAUCUUUUAAUGAUUACUCGUGCAGCUUACGCUGAAUGCAUUAAUGCAGACUAAACAAGUAGUGACAGAAAACACCUUUAAUAACCUAAGAAACCCACCACAACAUCUUCCGUCAUCAUUAUAUUUAACAGCAAAGCCUAAAUGCUUUCAUACAUGUGAUUUGAAUGACGAAAGAGGCGAUCUCUCUAGGAUCGUUACAAAUUUAAGAUUAAAUUACAGGUUAAAAAAAUUAUUAAUCCACUGGUCACGUGUGUUCCAAACCAUGGGUUGUGAUCCGUAUUCGUAUUCAUAUUCAUAUUCGUAUUCGUAUUCCGUAUUCAACCGUGAUCCGUUACACCCCUAUUAUAUUGGCUUUGUUUUUGUCUCGUUUUUUAUGCAUGUACGCUGUAUAUUUUAUCUCAAUACUUUUUAUGUGCAUGUCAAUUGCUUUGAGAUUCUACUUUUAAUGCACUAUAUAAAAUAACGUUUAUUAAAUAAAGCAUAAAUUAUUAUUAUUUUUGCCCAAAAUUCUGAUUUAAGCUAAAGCAGGAUGAAUUUCCUUUUGUACCAGCAUCAAUGUCAUGAGGCCAAAAUAACCCUCAUCACGUCUAUUUUAAUCUAAUCUAUUUCCUGUUUAUGACUGUUGUGUUGUGUGAAAAAUCUGGUGAAAAUUAAAGUAUUUUCUAUUUUUUAUACAUGGAGAAUGGUUUUAAGAUGUCGAUUUAAGUUUGUCAUUUGAAAUUGAGCUAAAGUUAGAGUAUUUUGUAAUCUAUUCAAGUUUCACAAUGUCAAGACAGGAAACAAUGUUGUAUUGCAGGUACUUUCAACAAUUAGGCAGAAUUUCAAAUUAACAUCUAAUAGAUAUUAAAAAUUAAACAUUUCUUAAAUUUUAAUAUAAUUCUGUAUAAAUUGCUACAUAAAUAUAUCUAUUACCAUUAUAUGUGUGCUGUUUCUAUAAGCUGUAACCGCUGUUGCUUUACAGUUUGCUGCACUUUAAAUUGCUUUAUGUGUAUUAUGUGUAAAUACUAUGUGAAUAUUCCCUUUCGACAUAAAAGAGCUAUUUGUAAAGCAAGCUUAUUUUUUACAAUCGUAUUUUUUAUUCUGUUCGCAAAACUGUGAUGUGAUGCACUAUUUCAUACUGCAAAUGAUGGUUGGAAUAAAAUGCAUAACAAACUUGUA